AUGAGUCCGAAUGACGUGGCCGAGAAGCUGGCUGACGCCUCGUUGGCUGACGCCGCGCCAGCAGCCGACGCCGCUGCCGCCGCUUCCGCGAAACCCGAGAAAGCCGCCAAAGUGAAGGGUGCUGACAAGGGCGCCGACAAGGCCGCCGCCGCCGCGGCUGCCGCUGCGAAAGAGGCGGCGAAGAUCGCGCCGGAGAUUCAGGCGUUUUUCAAGAGGAGGAUCGAGAUGUUCGAGGCGCUUCAGAAGGAGCAGGCAGAGCAGAGGGCGAAGAUCGCUGGCGAUCCGAUCAAGAUCACCCUGCCCGACGGUGCUGUGAAGGAGGGCAAGAAGUGGGAGACCUCCCCGAUGGACGUGGCGAAGGGCAUCUCGCAGGGACUCGCCAACAGCGCCAUCAUCUCCAAGGUGGAUGGCGUGUUGUGGGACAUGUGUCGCCCCCUGGAAGGUGACUGCGCGCUGCAGCUGUUCACGUUUGAGGACGACGAGGGGAGGGACACCUUCUGGCACUCCAGCGCUCAUAUUUUGGGAGAGGCUCUGGAGCAGGAGUACGGGUGCCACCUAUGCAUUGGGCCGUGCACGACACGAGGCGAGGGGUUCUACUAUGAUGCGUUUUACGGGGAACGCACGCUCAACGACGAGCAUUUCAAGGCCAUUGAGGGCAAGGCGGGCAAGGCAGCCAAGGAGAAGCAGGCGUUUGAGCGGAUCGAGGUGACGCGGCAGCAGGCGCUCGAGAUGUUUGCUGAUAACCCCUUCAAGGUGGAGAUUAUCAAGGACCUCCCAGAGGACAAGACCAUCACCGUGUACCGCUGCGGGCCCUUGGUUGAUCUGUGCCGUGGCCCCCACAUCCCCAACACUUCCCAUGUCAAGGCUUUCGCCUGCCUCAAGGCAUCAGCAUCGUAUUGGAGGGGGCAGUCAGACAGAGAGAGCUUGCAGCGAGUGUACGGCAUCUCCUAUCCCGACAGCAAGAAGCUCAAGGAGUACCUGCACGUGUUAGAGGAGGCCAAGAAGCGAGAUCAUCGUGUUGUUGGACUUGCGCAGGACCUCUUCUUCUUCCACCCGCUUAGCCCCGGAAGCUGCUUCUUUCUACCGCACGGCGCGCGGAUAUACAACAAGCUCGUUGGGUUCAUCCAGGGCGAAUACAGGAAGCGAGGCUACCACGAGGUAGUCACCCCCAACAUGUUCAACAUGGAGCUGUGGAACAUCUCAGGCCACGCGGCCAACUACAAGGAGAACAUGUUUGUGUUCGAUGUGGAGAAGCAGGAGUUUGGGCUCAAGCCCAUGAACUGCCCCGGCCACUGCCUCAUGUUCGCCCACCGCGUGCGCUCCUACCGAGAGCUGCCACUCCGCUUCGCUGACUUCGGGGUGCUGCACCGCAACGAGCUCUCUGGUGCUCUCACGGGCCUCACACGCGUGCGACGGUUCCAGCAGGACGAUGCGCACAUCUUUUGUGAGGAGACCCAGGUGGAGGCAGAAGUCAGUGACGUGCUGGACUUCCUGCAGACCGUCUACGGCAUCUUUGGCUUCACCUUCGACCUGGAGCUAUCCACGCGCCCAGAGAAGCAUCUGGGGGAGGUGGAGACGUGGGACCGCGCCGAAGCGGCCCUCACGAAGUCCCUAAACGCGUUCGGGCGGCCGUGGCAGAUCAACGCGGGCGACGGGGCGUUCUACGGGCCCAAGAUUGACAUCACGGUGUAUGAUGCGCUCAAGAGGAAGCACCAGUGCGCCACCAUCCAGCUCGACUUCCAACUGCCCAUCCGCUUCAAAUUGGAAUACUCGGCGGACGACGAGGCCGCAGGCAGGAAGCGACCGGUCAUCAUCCAUCGUGCCAUCCUGGGUUCAGUGGAGCGCAUGUUUGCCAUCCUCCUGGAGCACUUCGCUGGCAAGUGGCCCUUCUGGCUGAGCCCUCGCCAGGUCACCGUGUGCCCCGUCUCUGAGAAGUACUCGCAAUACGCCACCAAGGUGCGGGAUGAGAUCCAUGCUGCUGGCUUUGAUGUCGAGGCCGAUCUCUCCGACCGGAAGCUUCAGAAGAAGGUGCGGGAGGCCCAGCUGGCCCAGUUCAACUACAUCCUGGUGGUGGGCGCGGAGGAGGAGGCACAGGGCUCGCUGGCCCAGUUCAACUACAUCCUGGUGGUGGGCGCGGAGGAGGAGGCGCAGGGCUCGCCCAUGCCCCUUGCACUGGGUUUAGCAGGGUGUUACCAGCUCCCUGAUUUCGUCCCGUUAGCUUUCGCAAAAUGGACAGUAUGUGUGUAUUCUCUAUCGAAGGACUCUUGUCUCGGCUCGUUGUUGUCACGGUCUCUAUUAUCACGCGACCUUCCCUCCCAUCCCCUUCUUCCUUCCCUUUCUUCUCCGCCUAACGCUUCCUUCCCCCUCUCUCUGGUUUCCUCCAAUCCCCCUAACUCAGGCAUCCCUCCCGACCAGCAGCGGCUGAUUUUCGCCGGCAAGCAGCUCGAGGACGGCCGCACUCUUGCCGACUACAACAUUCAGAAGGGUACGAUUCUGAUGUGUCGCGCUGAUGAUUCGCGAGACUCGGCUCUUCUUCCCACCACCCCCUCCCCUCUCCCGCCCAUCUCUCUCACCCCUCUUCCUCUCGUUUCUCUCGUUCCCCACCUCCGUCCCCUCUUCCGCCUCUUCUCUUCGUCCUUUCUCGCAUCCCUUCACUUCCCUGUCGCAAUUUGUGUAUUCCUCGCUCUUUCCCUGUUACAAUCACUUCCCUAUCACGCCCUCCGCUUGCGGCUGCGUGGUGCAAUCAUCGAGCCUUGCUCAUGGAUUUUCCACUGUGUGUCCCUCUUUUGUGUGUCCCUCCCCCACAUCCCCCCCCACGCCUCCCUCCCCCUUGCGAUUUCAGAGUCGACGCUGCACUUGGUGCUGCGGCUGCGAGGAGGAAUCAUCGAGCCUUCUCUCAUGGCGCUCGCUCGCAAGUACAACGCCGAUAAGAUGAUCUGCCGCAAGUGCUACGCUCGCCUGCACCCGCGCGCUGUGAACUGCAGGAAGAAGAAGUGUGGCCACACCAACCAGCUGAGGCCCAAGAAGAAGAUCAAGUAG